AUGGAUGCAGCUCCCAACUGUGCCAUCUGCAAUGCGCCGCCUUAUCCUGAAUGCUCCUGCGAGUCGGAGCGACUACAGAUCGCUGUCAAGCAGGCUGAGCAGCGUGCUAUGGAGGAGCGGAUGGGUGAGAUACGGGACUGGGUGAUCAAUCAUGCUCGCCAGCACAUCCUCAACGCAUUCGAAAGAUUGACCUCGACACGCAAGCAAGCGCAUUCGUCAUAUCUAGCCUCCCUCCCAAACUACGAAGUCUACAUGCGCUACUCGGGCCAUCCGCCGAUACACCCAAUGUAUGUCUCGACGUUGCAAACACAGAUUGCAGAAGCGCAUGCAGAACUGAAGCGCGGUAUCGACGCCGACUGGCGCGCAUCGGUACUACGAUACCCAGAAGUCCUCGACUAUUUCUAUAGUCUCGUCGAACUCAGACUGCCGGACGACCGCUCUCGAGAAGUUGUCGAGCCACCAUUCGCUGCUGCGGGCUACGCGGAUAUAGGAUAUAGGGUCAAGGAGAAGAAGAAAAAGCGACGGGAUAGAGAAGGAUCAGUACCGCAGAUGCAUGUGGCCCUUAGCAGAGUGAUGCGUGGGGGGCCGCCUCCUGUGCCAACACCACCAAUUCAUCACAACGGAUCAUAUCCUCGACCACCGGAACCAUAUGGAUACUGA